AGAAAUUUACGGGUUGGAACUGGACUUGCUGCACCGUCCGUGCGGCUGCGCUAAGAGACAGCACCGCGAACCUUGAGGCAUAGCAACAGCCCAGCUCCAUCACCUCCUCUCACACCCAGAGCCGAGCCUGCGUGUCCUCCAUACCGACACCAUGUACAACCUUGCCCGCGCCAGUCGGCCCAUGGCCAGCGCCGUCCGCGCCGCCUACACACCGCUGAGGCAGUCCGCUGUCCAGCAGAGGCGCUGCCUGUCCAUCCACGAAUACCGCUCCGCCGCGCUGCUCGAGUCGUACGGCAUCGGCGUGCCCAAGGGCGGUGUCGCGACCAACGCGGCCGAGGCCGAGAAGAUCGCCAAGGAGAUCGGCGGUGACGAUGCCGUGAUCAAGGCCCAGGUCCUCGCGGGAGGCCGUGGCAAGGGCACCUUCGACAACGGCUUCAAGGGCGGCGUCCGCGUCGUCUACUCGCCUCGCGAAGCCGCGAUCCUCGCCGACCAGAUGAUCGGCCACAAGCUCAUCACCAAGCAGACCGGAGCCGCGGGUCGUCUCUGCAACGCCGUCUACAUUGUCGAGCGCAAGUUCGCGCGCCGCGAGUUCUACCUCGCCAUCCUCAUGGACCGCGCCUCGCAGGGCCCCGUCAUCGUCGCCUCGUCGCAGGGCGGCAUGGACAUCGAGGCUGUUGCCAAGGAGCACCCCGAGGCCAUCAUCACCACCCCCAUUGACAUCCACGUUGGUGUCACCGACGAGAUCGCCCGCACCAUCGCCACCGAGCUUGGUUUCUCCGAGCAGUGCAUCGAGGACGCCAAGAACACCAUCCAGAACCUCUACAAGGUCUUCAACGAGCGCGACGCCACCCAGAUCGAGAUCAACCCCCUGUCCGAGACCACCGACCACCAGGUCCUCGCCAUGGACGCCAAGCUCGGCUUCGACGACAACGCCGACUUCCGCCAGAAGGAGGUCUUCGAGUGGCGCGACAUCACCCAGGAGGACGCCGACGAGGUCAAGGCCGCCAAGGUGGGCCUGAACUUCAUCAAGCUCGACGGCGACAUCGGCUGCCUGGUCAACGGUGCCGGCCUCGCCAUGGCCACCAUGGACAUCAUCAAGCUCAACGGCGGCACACCCGCCAACUUCCUCGACGUCGGCGGCGGCGCCACCCCCGAGGCCAUCCGCCAGGCCUUCGACCUCAUCACCUCCGACCCCAAGGUCACCGCCAUCUUCGUCAACAUCUUCGGCGGCAUCGUCCGCUGCGACGCCAUCGCCAAGGGCCUCAUCCAGGUCGUCGAGAGCAUGAACCUCAAGACCCCCGUCAUCGCGCGUCUGCAGGGCACCAACAUGGAGGCCGCGCACAAGCUGCUCAACGACUCCGGCCUGAAAAUCUUCUCCAUCGACGACCUCCAGGCCGCGGCCGAGAAGUCGGUCCAGUUCUCAAAGGUCGUCAAGAUGGCGCGCGACAUCGACGUCGGCGUCGAGUUCACCCUCGGACUCUAGGGGUUUGAUGGGGUGUGUGGUACUUCGGAGAAGGAUGAAAAAAGGAUGAGUAGGAUGAUGGAUGGAAAGGAAGAUGAGUAGGAGGAUGGGAGGAUGGAGGGAUGGAUGGAGGGUGAAGAGAUGGAUGGAGGAGGCUGUCACUUUCUUUCGCCCGUGGGUAUGGUUUCCUAGUCGUUUCCUUGGGGUUCCCUGGCUGAUUCUUGGCUAUUUCCUAGCGACAACGUUUCCGAGCGUCCACACUUCGAUGUAUUUCCUCUUUGGGUUAUGGUUUUGGGUCGUGUGUCUUUUGGCCAUGUCUUAGGGUCAUACGUCUUUCGACCGCGUUUCUUUCGGGUGUGCUUCUUUCCAUUCAGUCUAAGGGUGACACAGCAGGGAGGAAGGCAGAGUAUAUAAGCGGAAGACACUAGAUUCGACUGUGAAUACAUCAGCAGCACUCCGCAC